AUGAAAGUGACAAAAUUUAUACGCAUUGGCAUUGCCGAUAAAAACGACAAUCCGCCCUACUUCGAUAAGUCGCUUUAUGAAGCAGAAGUGGACGAAAACGAAGAUAUCCAACAUACUGUGCUGACCGUCACGGCCAAGGAUCACGACGAAUCAUCGCGUAUACGUUACGAAAUUACAAGUGGUAACAUUGGUGGCGCUUUUGCGGUUAAGAAUAUGACUGGUGCCAUUUAUGUUGCGGGUGCCCUUGAUUACGAAACGCGGCGCAGGUACGAUCUAAAACUGGUUGCUUCCGAUAGUUUGAAUGAAAAUUCAACAACAAUUGUGAUUAAUGUGCGCGAUGUUAAUGAUCUGCCGCCAGUUUUUCCGCAAACUCUCUACGAGCGUACUUUGGACGAGGAGCUGAACACGCCAUUUACCAUUAUGCAGGUCACCGCCACCGAUGGCGAUAAGGAUCGCCCGCAGAAUAUUGUUUACUUUUUGACAGGACAAGGUAUCGAUCCCGAUAAUCCUGCCAAUAGUAAAUUCGACAUAAAUCGUACCACAGGCGAGAUAUUUGUACUAAAGCCUUUGGAUCGUGAUCAACCAAACGGACGCCCCCAAUGGCGCUUUACAGUUUUCGCUCAGGACGAAGGAGGCGAGGGACUAGUGGGCUAUGCUGACGUACAAGUUAAUUUGAAGGACAUCAACGAUAACGCCCCCAUCUUUCCCCAAGGCGUCUACUUUGGCAACGUUACCGAGAACGGCACUGCUGGCAUGGUGGUGAUGACAAUGACAGCUGUAGACUAUGAUGAUCCGAAUGAAGGAUCAAAUGCGAAACUUGUAUAUUCCAUUGAGAAGAAUGUGAUUGAAGAGGAAACUGGUUCACCGAUAUUUGAAAUAGAACCAGACACAGGCGUCAUCAAGACUGCCGUAUGCUGUUUGGAUCGUGAGCGCACACCGGACUAUUCAAUACAAGUAGUAGCGAUGGAUGGCGGGGGGUUAAAGGGCACGGGGACGGCUUCAAUACGUGUAAAAGAUAUCAACGAUAUGCCGCCGCAGUUUACGAAAGACGAGUGGUUCACCGAAGUUGAUGAAACGGAUGGCACCUCUUUGCCCGAGAUGCCUAUACUCACAGUAACUGUGCACGAUGAGGAUGAAACAAACAAAUUUCAAUACAAAGUUAUCGACAACAGUGGUUAUGGCGCCGAUAAGUUUACAAUGGUGCGCAACAAUGAUGGCACAGGUUCGCUGAAAAUCGUGCAACCUCUGGAUUACGAAGACCAACUACAGAGCAAUGGCUUCCGCUUCCGCAUACAAGUCAAUGAUAAGGGUGAAGACAACGACAACGACAAAUACCAUGUAGCCUACUCAUGGGUUGUGGUAAAAUUGCGCGACAUCAACGACAAUAAACCGCACUUUGAACGUGCCAAUGUAGAAGUAUCCGUAUUUGAAGACACCAAAGUCGGCACAGAGCUGGAGAAAUUUAAGGCCACCGACCCCGAUCAGGGUGGCAAGAGUAAAGUCUCAUACUCGAUCGAUCGUUCUUCAGAUCGGCAGCGGCAAUUUGCCAUCAAUCAAAAUGGUUCUGUGACAAUACAACGCUCGCUAGAUCGCGAAGUAGUGCCGCGACACCAAGUUAAAAUAUUAGCAAUUGAUGACGGUUCACCACCAAAAACGGCUACGGCCACUCUUACGGUGAUUGUGCAGGAUAUAAACGAUAAUGCACCGAAAUUCUUGAAGGACUACCGGCCGGUAUUGCCAGAGCAUGUGCCCCCAAGGAAAGUGGUGGAAAUAUUGGCUACAGACGAUGAUGAUCGCUCGAAAAGUAAUGGGCCACCAUUCCAAUUUAGGUUGGACCCCAGUGCCGAUGAUAUUAUAAGGGCAUCUUUCAAAGUGGAACAGGACCAAAAGGGCGCUAAUGGCGAUGGCAUGGCUGUUAUUUCCUCUCUCCGCUCCUUCGAUCGUGAACAACAAAAGGAGUACAUGAUUCCCAUUGUUAUUAAGGACCAUGGCUCACCGGCGAUGACCGGCACUAGCACACUCACUGUAGUCAUCGGCGAUGUCAACGACAAUAAAAUGCAACCAGGAUCUAAAGACAUUUUCGUGUAUAACUAUCAAGGUCAGUCUCCAGACACGCCGAUUGGCCGCGUGUACGUUUAUGACCUAGACGAUUGGGAUUUGCCUGAUAAGAAAUUCUACUGGGAGUCUCAAGAACAUCCUCGUUUCAAGUUAGAUGAAGACUCUGGCAUGGUAACAAUGCGAGCUGGUACGCGCGAAGGACGUUAUCACUUGCGCUUCAAGGUUUACGAUCGCAAACACACCCAAACUGAUGUGCCAGCAAAUAUAUCGGUAACAGUGCGUGAAAUCUCUCAUGAAGCUGUAAUCAACUCAGGCUCUAUACGUGUUGCCGGCAUUACUGAUGAAGACUUCAUACGCGUCUGGAACUAUCGCACACAGAGCUUGAGUCGCUCUAAAUUGGAUCGUUUCCGUGACAAGCUGGCCGAUUUGCUGAACGCAGAUCGCGAGAACGUGGAUAUUUUCAGUGUGCAACUCAAGCGCCGCCAUCCACCACUUACCGAUAUACGCUUUUCGGCGCAUGGCUCUCCAUACUACAAGCCAGUGCGUCUCAACGGUAUUGUGCUGAUGAAUCGCGAGGAAAUCGAAAAGGAUGUGGGCUUUAAUAUCACAAUGGUUGGCAUUGAUGAAUGCUUAUACGAAAACCAGAUGUGUGAGGGUUCCUGUACGAAUACGUUGGACAUCAGCUCGUUACCGUAUAUGGUUAACGCGAAUAAGACUGCCUUGGUGGGUGUGCGCGUAGACACUUUAGCUGAGUGUACUUGUGGCGCACGCAACUUUUCAAAACCAGAAUCUUGUCGCAACACACCUUGCUACAAUGGUGGACGCUGUGUGGAUACGCGCUUUGGCCCGCACUGCUCGUGUCCAGCGGGUUACAAUGGUCCACGUUGUCAGCAGACUACGCGCAGCUUCCGCGGAAAUGGUUGGGCUUGGUACCCACCGUUGGAGAUGUGCGACGAGUCACAUUUGAGUCUGGAGUUUAUCACACGCAAACCUGAUGGCCUUUUCAUUUACAAUGGUCCCAUUGUGCCUCCGGAGCGCGAGGAAAUGAUCAUCACUGAUUACAUUGCGCUUGAGCUGGAACGUGGCUACCCGCGCUUGCUUAUAGACUUCGGCUCAGGUACUUUGGAAUUACGUGUUAAAACUAAAAAGUCUCUGGAUGAUGGAGAAUGGCAUCGUAUUGAUGUCUUUUGGGAUACGGAAAAUGUGCGUAUGGUUAUAGAUUUUUGUAAGUCUGCGGAUAUUAGUGAAAUGGAGGAUGGCACACCACCGGAGUUUGAUGACAUGUCCUGCCAGGCGCGUGGACAAAUACCACCGUUCAAUGAAUAUCUGAAUGUAAAUGGUCCACUGCAGGUUGGUGGCAUAUACCGUGACCUCUUUGACCCCUCGCUCUACUUCUGGCAUUAUGCGCCCAACGCAAAAGCCUUUGAUGGCUGCAUACGUAAUUUAGUAUUCAAUUCUAAACUCUAUGACUUGGCGCAUCCUGGACUUUCACGCAACAGCGUCACAGGUUGCCAACAAACGGAGGAAGUUUGCUCACAGUCGGAGCAAACGGCACGCUGUUGGGAACAUGGCAACUGUGUUGGCUCGCUUUCAGAAGCACGCUGCCAAUGCCGACCCGGAUGGACUGGCCCUGCUUGUAACAUACCCACCAUACCUACCACCUUCAAGCAACAGAGCUACGUUAAAUAUGCGCUCAGCUUUGAGCCGGAUCGUUUUAGCACGCAAAUUCAAUUGCGUUUCCGUACGCGCGAGCAGCAUGGGGAACUGUUUCGCGUUUCAGACCAACAUAACCGCGAAUAUGGAAUUUUAGAAAUUAAGGAUGCACGUCUACACUUCCGCUACAAUCUCAAUUCGCUGCGUACGGAAGAGAAAGAUUUAUGGUUGAACGCGGUCGCGGUAGAAGAUGGUCAGUGGCAUGUUGUGCGUAUUAAUCGUUAUGGCUCUGCAGCGACACUGGAGUUGGAUGGUGGCGAAGGACGUCGCUACAACGAGACGUUUGAAUUUGCUGGGCACCAGUGGCUAUUGGUUGACAAACAAGAGGGUGUUUAUGCUGGCGGAAAGGCUGAAUAUACAGGCGUGCGAACGUUCGAAGUGUAUGCGGACUACCAAAAGAGCUGCCUUGAUGAUAUCAGGCUGGAGGGCAAGCAUUUGCCUUUACCACCGGCUAUGAAUGGUACGCAAUGGGGUCAAGCCACUAUGGCACGGAAUCUUGAAAAGAAUUGCCCUUCCAAUAAACCUUGCUCGAAUGUCAUAUGUCCGGAACCGUUCGAAUGUGUGGACCUAUGGAACGAAUAUGAAUGCACCUGUGGCGAAGGACGCGUUAUGUCGCCAGACGCCAAGGGUUGUAUGGAUCGCAAUGAAUGCCUGGACUUGCCAUGCCUCAAUGGCGCCACUUGCAUCAAUUUAGAGCCACGUCUGCGUUACCGUUGCAUCUGUCCGGAUGGCUUUUGGGGCGAGAAUUGUGAAUUGGUGCAGGAGGGACAGACGCUGAAGUUGAGCAUGGGCGCCUUGGCGGCCAUAUUGGUCUGCCUGUUGGUCAUACUGAUUCUAGUGCUCGUAUUCGUCGUUUAUAAUCGCCGACGCGAGGCGCACAUUAAAUAUCCCGGCCCGGAUGAUGAUGUGCGAGAGAAUAUUAUCAAUUAUGACGAUGAGGGUGGCGGCGAGGAUGAUAUGACUGCAUUCGAUAUUACUCCGCUGCAAAUACCAAUUGGCGGGCCAAUGCCACCCGAAUUGGCUGCCAUAAAAAUGCCAAUAAUGUAUCCGGUGAUGACGCUAAUGCCCGGCCAGGAGCCAAACGUAGGCAUGUUCAUCGAGGAACACAAAAAGCGUGCCGAUGGUGACCCAAAUGCACCGCCUUUCGACGACUUACGCAAUUACGCUUAUGAAGGUGGUGGUAGCACAGCCGGCUCGCUGAGUUCGCUGGCCUCUGGCACUGACGAUGAGGCGCACGAGUAUGACUACUUGGGUUCGUGGGGGCCUCGCUUUGGUAAACUGGCCAACAUGUAUGGUGAUGAAGCGAACGGUAAAGCUGCACAUGCCGAAUUAGGAUUGUAAGACCACAAAGAAUAAAACGAAGGGAAUUUUUUAUUAAAUUGAAUAGAAGCAGCGAAG